ACAUUGUGGGAGCGCAGGACAAGGGUCAGAGCCCCCUUAACCUCCCUGGCGGUAUUCCCGAGUGUAGCUCGGGGUAAAGUUUCUGUACCAAAAGCGGUAACCCCGAGCUACACUCGGGCUUACCAUGCGGCGCUGCAUAGGGAGUCCCUGCAGCGCUUACCUUGUCCUGCGCUCCCGCGAUGUGUCCCCUGCAGCGUCCCCGGCCAUCUCCUCCGGCUGAUGCCAGCAUCCAGCUUCUGUGUUCCGGUCCCUGUGACGUCGGGACGUACGGGCGCCGCCGGCGGUGGGAAAUGUGAAAAUUUUUAAAA